AUGUCGACCGCUGAAGAGCUUCUACGCGACUUUGAGGAUGACGAGGACUUCGAUGUGGGUGAAGGCGAGGAAGUUGACGAAGAGCCUGAGCAACAGGAAGAGUCCAGAGAAGGCGCCGGGGUCUCCAACGAAUUCGACCGGUCUAUCUCUACAGCUGAUGAGCUGACACGCCUACACAAAGUCCUCCGCGACCAUUACUCCGUUCGAUUCCCCGAGCUCGAAAGACUCGUCACCACUCCCAUCCAAUACGCCAAGACAGUCGCUAUCAUUAAAAAUGGCCCUUUCAAUGACAUUAAGACCUUGUCCACAUCAUCGGAGAACAUGGUUGGCGUCCCGCUCAAGUCGGUCUUGAACGGACCGUCUCUCAUGGCGGUUGCGAUGGAAGCAACUAUUACCAAAGGCCGAGAGAUGACCGAGUCCGAGCUGAAGCUGGUUCUCGAUACCUGCGAGAGGAUUUUGAAGCUUGAUCAGGAGCGCAUUGCUCUUACCGCCAGUAUCCAGUCUCGCAUGAACCAGAUUGCCCCUAACCUGGCAGCACUCAUCGGGGCCGAAACGGCUGCACAGUUCCUCAACCAAACAGGUGGCUUGCUUGAACUCGCUAAGAUCCCCGCCUGCAAUCUGGGUGCACAAGGAUCACGGAGAUCAGAAGGACUGGGCUUGGCGACUAAUCACGGUGUUCGAGCGAAGGGUUUCCUCUACGACUCGCCACUUCUCGAAGAUGUCCCCGAGGAUCUUAUGAAACAAGGAAUUCGAAUUGUUGCCGCCAAGAUGGUACUCGCUGCCCGCGCAGAUGUCUCCAAUUACGCCAAGGACGGCUCUCUGGGCGAAGAACUGAAGCAACAAUGCUUCACGCGACUGGAGAAACUGACUGAGAAUUCGGCGCCAAACGCCGGUACGAAGGCCCUCCCUGCGCCCGAUGAUAAACCCUCCCGAAAGCGAGGUGGUUGGCGGGCCCGAAAGGCCAAGGAAGCUGUCGCUAUGACGGAACUACGAAAGGCUCAGAAUCGUCUUGCAUUCGGCAAGGAGGAGUCGGAGGUGGGCUACGGAACGGGCUCUGGAACCGUUGGCUUGGGUAUGUUGGGACAACAGGACGAUGGUCGCAUCCGCGCAACCCAGAUCGACCAGCGCACCCGUGCUCGACUCAGCAAGAACAACAAGGGCUGGGGCACCAACACCCCCGCCAGUGGCACUGCCUCGUCGUUGCGUGGCUUUGGCCAGGGUGGUGCAAGUGGCACUGCAUCCGUUCUUCAGGCACGAGGUCUUCGUGCAUCUGGUGUCGGAUCAUCCCUCCCUGGCGCCGCUGGUACCUCCAGUACUAUCGCAUUCACACCCGUCCAAGGCCUGGAGCUGGUCGAUCCAAAGGUGCAAGCGGAACUGAAGCGCAAGCGCGACGCUGAAGAAAAUCGAUGGUUUAAGUCUGGAACUUUCACUCAAGCUCCUAACCAGAAUCCCGUCAACCCCCCGAGCGGUGAGAGUGGCGGUUUCAAGGUGCCUGCUAUCCCACUCAAGAGAAAGGCUGAUACGGGUGAGGGCAAGAUGGGCCCUCCACCCAAGCGUUGA